UCAGUUGGAGAGAAAAGAAAGAAAGUCGAUGAAUCGAUCGUGGCAGAAAGCUUUUGUACGCAAUCUAUCUAAGCAUAACAAAACCCAUUCCUUGUGUUUCCAGUGAAUGGGUAGAUGGAGAGCAGCUGCUUCGCUUCUCUUCACCCACUUAACCAAAACCUCCUUCCCUUCUCUUCCUCCCAAACCUCUUUUCCUAUCCCUUUCUUCAAGCCCUGCUUUCUGUUUUCUUCUUGCAAGACCAUUCUCAGCUCUCCCAUCUCAACUUCCCAUUUAUCCUAGCGAUUCUGAAAAUGGGUCUCCUUAUUUUUCCCAACAAAAUCAUGGGUUUGUUUCACAAGAAGAAGAAGAGGAAAUUGGCAAGAUUCCCAUCAAAGCUUAUUUCCUUUGUACCAGUAUCGAUUUGAAGAGUAUGCAAGCUGAGAAUUUAAGCAACAUCGUACCUCCUUCUUCUCGUUCAUCAAACUAUAUUGCUCUCAGAUAUUGUGAUUUCCCUCCAGGCGUUACUGCACUUGGAAUGAAUGACAAAGUCAGUAGCUGCCGUUACAUGGUCAUUUUUCAGUAUGGUUCUGCUGUCUUGUUUAACAUUGAGGACCGUGAAGUUGAGAGCUACCUCGAAAUAGUUCAGAGACAUGCUUCUGGAUUGCUUCCAGAAAUGAGGAGAGAUGAUUACUGUGUAAAAGAGCAGCCACUCUUGGCUAAGGAUAUGCAGGGAGGACCAGACUACAUUGUUGUCAAAACCUUGGACACUGAUAGUAUUCGCAUUAUUGGAAGUGUUCUUGGUCAAAGCAUAGCAUUGGAUUAUUUUGUUUCACAGGUUGAUGGUAUGGUUGAAGAGUUUGCCAAUAUAAAUCGUGCAAUGGAAAAGACAGGAACUUUCACAAUGGAUAGGACAAAGCUCAUUAAACUUGUUGGAAAAGCUAAUUCAAAUUUGGCUGAUGUAAUUCUUAAAGUUGGUCUUUUCGAGAGAUCAGAAAUUGCUUGGAGAGAAGCUAAGUAUGCUCAAAUAUAUGAGUACCUUCGGGAGGAGUAUGAGGUGACACAACGCUUUGGGAAUCUAGAUUUCAAGCUAAAAUUUGUAGAGCACAAUAUUCAUUUCCUUCAGGAAGUUAUCCAAAAUAGACGGUCGGAUCUCUUGGAAUGGUGUAUCAUUUUCUUGUUGGCUAUCGAGAACAUAAUAGCAAUAUACGAGAUUGUCCGCGAAUCAACCGGAGUUUCUUUGUGAUUUCGUGAGAACAAGGAGCUGAAGCAAGCCGGAGGAGGAUUUUAACCACAAACUGAACAUCACAGGAGUGGAGAUAAUGCAACUAUUUGACAGUUGACUACCACACUAGAUUUGUUCAUAUUUCUCAUAUCAGUGUUCAUGAAGGGGUUAGGAACUGAAAUUUUCAAGACAUGGUGAUUUUCGACGGCAAACCCUUUCUUUUUUCCCUUAUAAUAGCUGAAUGGGAGGGAAGGACUCAUGCUCGGAAUCUCCUUUAAAAAAGCAACGUAGGGGCCAGAAAUAGUAGGCAUUGCAAAGCAUUUGAAGACUACAAAAAAGUAAGUAUCUGCCACUCUCCUUAACUGAAAAAUACGCACUUACUCGCUACUCAGUCUAUGCUUCGUCACGCUGACUAAUACAAGCAAAAAAUGAGUACGCAUAUAAAAUAAUUCUGUACCUUUCAGUUUGUUGAAAACCCAUUUUGCCUUCUCUUCAACGGUGUUUGAGAAAGUCUGCAGAAGUUAACAUUUCAGAGAAACUGAAAGGUAAAGGAGCAUGAACUAUAAAUAUACAAAUGGACAUUCGAAAUCAUGUUUCAAUGUCUAUUAGCAUUA